CAAUAACUAAGCAAACAGAACUGGAACGAGAUUAUGUCUGGUUGUACACAUAUGUGAUCUCCCUCGCCCUCUCUUUCAAGUGAAUCUAUGGCGACCCAUCUCUCUAUCUUGCUUCUCCUCGCCUUUUCUUCAUCGUUUUCAAUCCUUUCUGCAGAAAUGAGUAGGAAGGAAUUAAGAACAAAGCAGGUGAACCAUGAUGCUGUUAUACAGCUUGGCCAUCCAAUUAAAUCGAACAAAUUUAAUCCAUCACUAUCUGUGGAACUCUCUUGGCGACCAAGGGUCUUUCUACAUAAAGGCUUUUUAUCAUAUGAGGAGUGUGAUCAUCUAAUUUCACUGGGGCAUGACAAGCAUUUCUCCAGCAUUGAUAACUUGGGGAAGGAUGAAACCGUCGCAAGGAUUGAAGAGCGGAUUUCAGCUUGGACUUUUCUUCCUGGAGAGAACAGCAAGCCUUUAAAUAUUUUAAAUUUUGGGCCUGAAGAUAACAAGCAGAAAUAUGACUUUUUUGGUAAUCAAUCCAAGCUGCUGCUUAGUGAACCUACAGUGGCAACAGUUAUAUUGUAUCUCUCGAAUGUCAGUCAGGGUGGUCAAAUCCUCUUUCCUGAAUCCGAUGAUGCGAAUUCAAGAAGUUCUCACGCAAGGAACAUGAUUUGGUCUGAUUGUACUAAAAGCAGCAAUGCCGUGAGACCUAUAAAAGGAAAUGCAAUUCUUUUCUUUAAUCUCCACCUUAAUGCAUCACCUGACAAGACUAGUUCUCAUGCUAGAUGUCCUGUUCCUGAAGGUGAAAUGUGGUGUGCUACCAAGUUUUUCUACAUAAAACCAGUCGCUAAUGUAAAGGCCCAAUCACAAGAAGACAAUAGUGAUUGCAGUGAUGAAGAUGAUAACUGUCCGAAGUGGGCUGCAAUUGGGGAGUGUGAAAGAAAUCCAGUUUUCAUGAUAGGCUCUCCUGAUUACUAUGGUACGUGUAGGAAGAGUUGCAAUGCAUGCUGAGGGGGUUAAGUUUUGCUUUAUUAUUUCUCAGUUGAGAGCAAAACUUGCUCAUCUGAUAAUAUUCUAACAUAAGACUUCCUGUAUACUGUGAAUAAUAGCUUAUCUUUUGUUGGUGAAAUUUACCCUAAUAAGGUACAUUACAGGAUUUAAGUUUUAGUCUCUGUUUGUGAUGGACGACCCUUUGUCAUAUUAUUCUUGAUAUCAUUUCCUUCCUCUAA